AUGCUGAUGCCGGAGCCUGAGCUGAGUGUCUUGAGAACGAACCCAGCCUCAAGAUCAGGGAUCGGCAUGCAAGAGGAAGGGCGAAAGGAAAGAACCCACCAACCCUCGGAGCUCACCCCGCCUACCAUCAUUCGCCCAGGCAGGCACACAGGCCAUUCGCCGGGUCAGGUCAAGACGCAAAUGACAUUCGCUCGAAGACCGUUUGGAGCGCGUGGAUGCAUUUGGAAAUUUGUGCACGAAAAAAAAACCCCCCAGAAAGCGGUGUAUACGCUCAUAUUCUCUCCCAUUCCACUCAUCGAUGAGUUUCGUGAUUUAAAACAACUCCUCACAUCUGCCAAAUACGUGACUCGGGGCUCAGGAGAGCGUGUGAGAUCCCCGCAUGCCUUGAUCAAGGUUUGCACUCAGAGCGGCCAUAUCGCAUGA